AUGAAGUCCAUCCUUCUUUCUGCAUUCUUGCUUCCUUUGGCCUUGUCCUCUGUUGUCCCCCGGGCAGAGGAGAAGAUAGAUUACCAUGGCUUCAAGAUCCUACGUGUAAACGUGCCCAAGGGAGCCAAGGAUGUUGAAAGUAAGAUCCAGGAAUUGUCCGCCCACAUCCUGAAUCCUGGAAAAUCAGCAUUGGUGGAUGUAGUCGUUUCGCCUGAGAAUCUCAAAGCUCUUGAAGCCCUCUCCCUCGAAAGUACCGUCCUCACUGAAGAUGUCGGUGCAGUUCUGGACGAGGAGGGCCCCAUCAGUACAUAUGCUGGUUUUGCAACUUGGUUCACCGCAUACCACUCUUACGCUGAUCAUAUCCAAUUCCUUCGCGAUCUUCAGGGAGGCUAUACUAGCCAGUCCGAGGUCAUUACUAUCGGCAACUCUGUCCAAGGGCGAGCCUUGACCGGCAUCCACAUUUGGGGAUCCGGUGGAAAGGGCUCAAAGCCUGCUGUACUGUUCCAUGGAACGGUCCAUGCCCGAGAGUGGAUUUCAACGAUGACAACUGAGUACCUGGCGUAUCAAUUGCUCACGAAAUACGCAUCUGAUACCACUGUCAAGGCCCUUGUUGACAAGUUCGACUUCUAUAUCAUCCCGAUCGUCAACCCAGAUGGCUUUGUUUACACUCAGACUACUGACCGGCUCUGGCGUAAGAACCGCCAGACAGUCUCAACUAGCACGUGCGUUGGCCGUGAUAACAACCGUAACUGGCCUUAUAAGUGGGAGGUUACCGGCGGCGCAUCCACAAACCCGUGCUCGGAAACCUUCAAGGGACUCGCUGCUUCUGACGCCCCCGAAAACAGGGCAAUGGUUUCCCAUGUAAACUCUCUUCGUGACGGUCGUGGUCUUAGACUCUAUCUUGACAUCCACUCAUAUGGACAGUAUAUCCUCUGGCCAUAUGGUUACACCUGCAGCGGUGUGGUGGAGAACGAUGCACAGCACCGGUCGAUUGCAAGCCGCGCUGCUGCGGCUAUUCGUGCCAUCUCUGGUACUGCAUACACCAUUGGUCCAGCUUGCUCAACUCUAUACGCAACUACUGGCGAUUCUACCGACUACACAGAUGCCGUUGGAAAUGCAACCUACUCGUACACCUAUGAGUUAAGAGACAGGGGCACUUACGGAUUCAGCCUGCCAGCCUCCCAAAUUCAACCUACUGUUGUUGAGACCUGGGCGGGUGUAUUGAGUAUGCUCAAGGAUCUAUAA